GUCUCAACCUCUCUCUCUGUUCAACACACAAAUCUGAAUAAUGAGAACUCCUUCUCUUACACUUGUUUCUGAAUCUUUCAUCAAACCAUAUCCCUCAAUGGAAAACUCAAAACAAAUAUGCUAUUUAGCACCUUGGGAUAUUGCUAUGUUAUCUACACACUAUAUCCAAAAGGGUCUCCUCUUCAAAAAACCAACAUCAUCAUCAUCACUAAACCAACAACAUUUCAUUGAGAAUCUAGUUGACAAACUCAAACACUCCCUUUCGCUCACACUUUUCCAUUUCUAUCCUCUCUCAGGUCGUCUUGUUAUCAAGAAAAUCGAACAUCCUCCUUCUUACUCUGUUUAUAUAGAUUGCAAAAACAGUCUUGGUGCUAAAUUUAUUCAUGCAACUUUAGAUGUCACCAUCAAUGAUAUUCUCUCACCUAUCGAUGUCCCACACAUUGUUCAUUCCUUUUUUGAUCACCACAAAGCACUCAGCCAUGAUGGUUGCACCAUGUCUUUGUUAUCUAUUCAAGUCACUGAAUUAUUAGAUGGUGUUUUCAUAGGUUGUUCCAUGAACCAUUGCACUGGGGAUGGAACUGCUUAUUGGAAUUUCUUUAACACAUUUUCCAAGAUAUUUCAAAAUGAUAAUCACGUUUUCGGUCCCAUUUCACAUCAACCUAUCAAUACUAGAUGGUUUCCAGAAGGUUAUGGUCCAAUUAUCAACCUCCCUUUUAAACACGAGGCCGAGUUUAUUUAUAGAUAUGAUGAAACAGCUAAUUUUAGAGAGAGAAUAUUUCAUUUUUCAGCAGAGUCUAUAGCGAAACUUAAAGCAAAAGCUAACAAAGAAUCUAAUACAAAUGAAAUCUCUUCGUUUCAAUCUUUAUCAGCAUUAGUUUGGAGAUCUAUAACUCGUGCACGUCACUUAGAACAUGAUAAGAGAACGACUAUUAAGUUGGCUGUAAACAAUCGAACAAGAAUGAAACCGUCUCUUCCUAACGAAUAUUUUGGGAAUUCAAUUUCUGCAACGAGUACUGAAACGACAGUAGGGGAGUUGUUGGAGAAUGAUCUAGGAUGGGCAGCAUGGAAGAUUCACAUGGCCAUUAUAAAUCAUGAUGAUAAAGUGGUGAGAAAUUGGGUUGAAGAGUGGUUACAUUCACCUUUUGUGUAUAAAACAGAUCUGUUCUUUGAUCCUUAUACUGUGAUGAUGGGUAGUUCACCUAGGUUUAAUAUGUAUGGGAAUGAAUUUGGAAUGGGAAAAGCUUUGGGUGUUAGAAGCGGGUAUGCAAACAAAUUUGAUGGAAAAAUAACAUCAUAUCCAGGUCAAGAAGGAGGAGGGAGCAUUGAUCUUGAAGUGUGUCUUUCACCAGAUAAAAUGAUGGCGCUAGAAACCGAUGAAGAGUUCAUGAGUUCAACUUCGGUGUUUAAUCCGUUGUUCUAGUCUUCGGGUAUAAUAUUCUUGGGAUGGGUAGAAUAUUCUACUCUUUGAUAAUGGUCUUAGGAUGGGUAGCACUCUAGGAUGGCCGGGUAGAAUUAAUAUUCUUGUCAUUAUAUUUGUAAUUAUUUUCAUUUAUGUUUGUCAUAGGUUUGGCUUACACAUUAUUAUUGUAGCCUUUUAUGAUGAUAAUGAAUAAAGAUCAAGGCAUUACAUUCGUA